AACCAAUCCAUUUCUAAAGAAAGGAGGCUCUGGGAUCGAGAAUAUCAAACGUAAUUCAAAGUUAACAGAAUUACUCGCUAAACUAAACUUUGUUAUUUGUAACUGGAAGUGUGUUGCACCACUACUUAUUAACCAGUUCGGUUCUGUUCUGUAUUUUCUGUCUCUAUCAAGCACAGAGAGCAUAGUUGGAUCCAUCUUAAUAGUGAGUGGGGUUUGUUUGUGCAUUAUUGGAAAUUCUUAGAUUCAAACAGUUAUGUCACUAAUUAAAAGUGCAACAAAUGUCCGUGUGAGUUCUGUCCUUAACAGAGAUGUCAAGCAGUAUGGGAAGAAAUAUCUAUUUGACAACAAUGAGGAUACAUGCUGGAACUCUGAUCAAGGGGAUCUGCAGUGGAUCAAAAUUAAACUUGAACAAAGUUGUCAGGUGGAACAUAAUUUAAAGCUAUCUGUGCAGUUUCAAGGUGGCUUUAGCUCAAAACACUGCCACUUGGAACUGAUAUAUGAUGGAAAUAUAGCUGCAACUGCGGACUGCUAUCCUGAAGAUGUCAACUCUAUGCAGACUUUUAAUUUAAAAUUGUCUGCCAGUUCUGACCUUCAACUCUAUGAUGAAGUGAAGAUUAAUUUUAAAGAGACAACUGACUUUUUUGGUAGAGUGACAAUUUAUUCUUUAGAUUUAACACAACUGUAACUAUUACCUGUACAAUAAAUCAGUUUAUAUACAACAACA